AUGGCUGCGAACUACUGGGAAUCAACGCAACGGCGCCACUGGCAAUUCACUCGGCAGCAGCUGGAGGAGUUGCGCCAGCAACUAGAAGACGAGGACCCAAAUCUGGUCAAGAUGUAUCCUCUGCCAGAAGUGAGGCACCAGAGCAUAUACUUCAACCAGCAGGUAGCUCGCCUUGGGAAGCGCUUGGGCUUACGCCAGCAGGCCAUGGCCACAGCCCAGCUCUACAUACGAAGAUUCUACUCGAAGGUCGAGAUUAGAAGAACAAACCCAUACUUGGUGAUAGCUACUGCUGUCUACCUAGCUUGCAAGAUGGAGGAGUCCCCACAUCAUAUCAGACUGGUCGUUGCUGAGGGUCGAGCCUUAUGGACAGAUUUCUUCGCCAACGAUACUUCGAAGCUAGGAGAGUGCGAAUUCUUCCUGAUAUCCGAGAUGAGCUGUCAGAUGAUUGUCCAUCACCCGUACAGGAGUCUUACGUCGCUGCAGAGCAUCUUCUCCCUUACUCAGGAAGAAUCCAACCUUGCUUGGUCCAUCAUAAACGACCACUACAUGACCGAUUUGCCUCUGCUCUUCCCUCCGCACAUAAUUGCAAUCAUGUCCAUUCUGCUGGCUUUGGUGCUUCGCCCAAAUCAAAGUGGGGUACAAUCUGCAAGUGGCUCUGCUGGAAGCAUGGCCAGCGUGGCUCAUGCAGCACUCAGCUCCGCAGGCCAAUUAAAAAGCGGCAAUGAAAAGCAAGGGGGUCCCCGAACAAAAGUACAGAAGCUCGCAAGUUGGCUAGCUGAAAGCAAUAUCGAUAUCGAAGCUGUGGUCGAUUGCACGCAAGAAAUCAUAUCAUUCUACGAGACGCAAGAGCAGUACAAUGAAAAGCUUACAAGAGAGCAGAUCAAUCGGUUUGUCAAAGCGCGCGGAUUAGACAAAUGA